UUAAAAUUGUAGAGUCACCACAAAAUGUUAUUUAUUUACCAAUUAACACAAAUUUUGUAACUAAUUUAACCUUUAAAAUAGUCGACCAAGAUGGAGAUUUACUUAAUUUUAGAGGAGAGACCAUAACGUUAAGAGCUCAUUUAAAACCUCUCUCGAACAAUGGUUUUUAAAUAUAAUAAAUCUGCACCAGACACUAAUUUUAGUGUUAAACCAAUAGCUAAACGGUUAACAUCCUCCAAACAAUUAACAUUUGCUAAUCUUGAAUACCUCAAGUCUUUGGGGUUUAAAAUAAAAAACAACCACAACUAUGAAUAUAUUAAACGUAACUGAUAGAGCUUUUUUUGAUUAUUCACUAGUAAACGUAGAAAAACAUUCAUAUUUACCAUAUGUUUCCAACUCGGUUAAUAACAAUGACGAAAUUAGAAUUCCAAUUAAUCAAUCUGAUUUGUUUACUCAUCCAAGUGAGAGUUUUAUAUACAUCGAGGGUAAAUUAUUAAAAGCAGAUGGAACAAUAUCCACAACAGCUAAAUUAGUUAAUAACUUUUUUGCACAUUUAUUUGAAGAAAUACGUUUAGAAAUCGGUGGUAAAGUAAUAGACCGUGUAAAAAAUCCUGGAACAACUACUACUUUAAAAGGUUUAGUUUCAUUUAAUAAAAACGAAUUAGAACGUUUAAAAAAUGCUGGGUGGAAUAUUGAUAGCGGAGAAUCUUUAUACGAAGUUCAUAGUAGCACAGGAUGUUUUAAUGUAUGCGUACCAUUAAAAACUUUAUUUGGUUUUGCGGAAGACUUUAAAAAAAUUAUUAUAAACUUGAGGCAAGAGUUAACGUUAAUACGAAGUAAUUCUGAUCAAAAUGCAAUUUAUAACACAUUAAAAACUGAAACAAAUAAAAUUGAAAUAGGUAAAAUAGUUUGGAAGAUGCCUCAUAUUUCUGUUGCUGAUGAAGAAAAAUUAAAGUUAUUUAAUUUGUAUGAAAGUGGUAGAGAAUUGGAAAUUGGGUUUAGAAGUUGGGAAAUGUUUGAAUAUCCUUUGUUACAAAAAACUCAACACCAUACUUGGAGUGUUAAAUCAGCAACGCAGCUUGAAAAACCUCGAUACAUUAUUGUUGCUUUUCAAACUGAUCGUAAAAAUGAUUUAUAUAAAAACAAUGGAUAUUUUGAUAACAUAUUUUUAAGGAAUAUAAAAUUAUUUUUGAAUUCCGAACAAUUUCCAUACGAUCAGCUUCAGCUGCAAUUUGAUAAAGACCAAUAUUCUUUAUUAUAUGAAAUGUAUUCAAAUUUUCAACAAUCAUAUUUUGAAAAAGAAAACGAACCUCUUUUAUCUCCUCAACAAUUUUUAAAAUGGCUCCUAUUGUUGUAAUAGAUUGUUCUAGACAAAAUGAUGUUCUAAAUACUGGUACUGUUGAUAUUAGGUUAGAAUGGGAAACAAGUAGAGAUGUUCCAGAUAAAACAUCUGCCUAUUGCAUUAUUUUACAUGAUCGUAUUAUUCGCUAUAUUCCUCUAACAGGAAUAAUUAAUUCAUUAUAA